AUGGGAAGGUCUUCCCUCUACAGUGACGCCAGCGGCUUGAAGAGAGGUCCCUGGACACCUGAAGAGGACCAGAAACUCUUAGCCUACAUUCAACAACAUGGCCAUGGAAGCUGGCGUUGCUUGCCCGAGAAAGCAGGUCUUCAGAGAAGUGGGAAGAGCUGCAGACUGAGAUGGAUUAAUUAUCUGAGACCUGAUAUUAAGAGAGGAAAGUUCAGUCAACAUGAAGAACAAACUAUCAUUCAACUUCACGCUCUUGUCGGCAACAGGUGGUCUGUCAUAGCCGCUCACUUACCAAAGAGAACAGACAACGAGAUCAAGAAUUAUUGGAACACACACAUCAAAAAACGAUUAGCCAUGAUGGGUAUUGAUCCGGUGACUCACAGGCCCAAGGUUGCCUCUCUCGGCGCGGCCGACGGUGGUCCAAAGAACGCCUCCAACCUCAGCCACAUGGCUCAGUGGGAGACUGCUCGACUUGAGGCGGAGACUCGAUUGGUGAAGGAGUCAAGGGCUAGGCACAAUGAACCAACGACUGACUCAUUAUCACCACGCUCUCGCCCUUCACCUUCAGUUCACUUACUAAAAAAAAUGGCUACUAGACCACGUUGUCUCGACAUCCUCAAAGCCUGGCAAAACGUUUGUUUCAAGGCGUUCGAAAGUAGCAUUAAUAGUAAUAAUAUUACUGAUCUUGAAUCACCAACAUCUACUCUGCAUUUUUGUGAGAAGACACAAGCACCGCCAACUGUUAACGCAUCGUUUAGAGAAGAAAUGAAUGUAGGAUUAAAUAAGAGCGGUGUUGACAUGGUGCUUGAGGCCGCCGGGGAGGUAUGGACCGGAGCUAACGAUUUCCUUGACAGGUUUAGCAUGACUUCGAUGAUCAUGGCAUUAACACAAGUAUGCAUAUCGGUAGCGGAACAAGUAAUCAUCAUGAAGACAACAAUAACUACUAUUGUAAUGAUAUCAUGAGUUUAAUAUCUUCACCAGUGUACUCGCCCACGUUCUAACCAGUGGAAGAUUAUGUACAAUAACGGUCAAUAGUCGGCUAGAUUCAAAUAACCUUCAUGAAUAAUAAAGAGAAGAAAAAAAAAAAUUGCGUGUUUCGCUACCACAGGAAUAAAUUCGUUCUGCAAAUCACA